AUGUAUGUGGGUUAUCUGUUGGAUAAGGACACCAACAUGUACCCCAACCCGGUCAGGCAUCCGGGCCUGAACCUCACCUCCCCAAAUUAUGUGCCCGUGCCCUCUCAAUACUCGGAUUUUGCCAGCUACCACCACAUGCCCGGGAUUAACAGCGAUCCUCACCAGGGGCAGCCCGCGGGUACCUGGGGCUCUCCGUACCCGCCUAAAGAGGACUGGCACUACGGCGCAGGAGCCCCUUCUUCUGUCGCCAGUCCGGGGCAGCUAGGAUACAGCCCCCCGGAUUUCAAUUCAAUUCCGCCACCCGGCUCUGGACUACUGCCUCCGCCCAUGAGCGCCCCAGUCCCCCAGCUCUCCCCAAACGCGCAAAGGCGCACGCCUUAUGAGUGGAUGAGGCGCCACGUUCCCACUAGCAGCAACAGUG